CAUCUUCUCCUACCCACAGCAACACAACUCGACCACAGGACGGCUGAUAAACGAGACCUCAUCUAUGCUGAGGAUCCAGACUGACCCCCCAAGCGGCGAGACCGCCCUCUCUCACAUUCUCGCUCCUGCCUUCUCUUCUCUAGCCCUCGUCAUCGUUGUGGUGGUGAUCAGUUUGCUGUAUCGUCGUCGUUAUAUUAACAAGCAGGUGUACGCUAAACGAAGCGAGGAUAGCAAUAUCAGAAACAACGAUGGCGCCCUGCUACUAGACCGGAUGAACAAUAUCAACAAAAACCCGACCUAUUUUUAUCCUAACGGGGUCGUGAACCGGAGGAACAAUGUCAAGGAGGUUUCGGCUGAGAAUAUCAAGCUGAUGGAGGUGGUGGGGGAGGGUGCUUUUGGACAGGUGUUCAGAGGUCAUUUGGUGACCCCAGACUCUGAGACUCAUAUCCAGGUGGCGGUCAAGGUCAUCAAAGAUGGAACCACUCACGAGGCACAUGAAGAUUUCGAAAGAGAGGUGGAGAUUAUGGCGUCUUUCGACCACGAUAAUAUUCUCAAACUGCUUGGUAUUGUUGUACAAGGAACUGGUGGAACACCAUACAUGAUAUUUGAGUACAUGGACCACGGAGACCUCUCGGAACUGUUGAGGAAAAAUGACCCCCAUUUCCGGCCGCGACAUAGCCGGGGUCUUAUACUCAACAAGACUGACCUAGUUGACGUCAGCGUGCAAAUAGCCAGUGGGAUGAGCUACCUGGCCGCUCAGAGGUUCGUUCACCGCGACCUGGCCACGAGGAACUGUCUGGUGGGCAAUGGCCUGAUUGUCAAGAUCUCAGACUUCGGCAUGUCACGGGAUGUCUACACGAAUGACUAUUACAGGAUCGGAGGCUCGAGGAUGCUGCCAGUUCGCUGGAUGUCACCAGAGGCCAUCAAGUACGGGAGGUUCACAUGCGAGUCUGACAUUUGGGCGUACGGCGUUGUGUUGUGGGAGAUCUUUAGCUUCGGGAAACAGCCGUACUACGGGCACAGCAAUGAGGAGGUCAUUCACCUCCUGGACCAGGGCAUCCUGCUUCAGAGACCGGAAGACUGCCCGUCCACGGUCUACCACGUUAUGCUCGGCUGCUGGAAGCGGGACCCACGUCAGCGGAUCGCCUUCGACCGGCUCGUCAAAUACCUAACGGACUACCGGAACCGGCUAAACCGUCCGGCCAUCUCCCAGCAAUCUCCCCAGCAAACGGUUAUAAGUUCAAAUCCGGCUGGGGUGAAGAUAGGUAGAAUAAAACCAAGCGUGAAUUUGGAGAAUGCUAUCGAAUUAAAACCGGACACGGCUGAGACUUUUUAUCAAAGUCUCGGAAACACCGAGACCGGUUCGGAGGAUCACAGAAGUAGCAUGGAGACCGUGACGUCAGGUGUGACGUCAUGCGAGGACACGGACCAGGUGAAGUACUGGGAGCUACGUCCAGGACUGGGCAACGCCAGCAGCGUCACGAGUCGAGGUAGCACCAGAGAGGACUCCUCUUUCAUCUCAGUCGGGUCGUCAUUCUCCCUCCCCUCCGUCAUCUCCCAAAACGACUCGGAAGAAUACUUCAGCCAGUUCUGCCCGGAAGAGAGAACUCACGCCCCGGCCAAUCAAACGCCUGUGAUGUAUUCCACGCUGAACUUCGAUGACGUCAUCGCCGUAGACGGAACCAGCAUGUCGUCUGCUGCUUCGCCCGCGCGUUCGGAUUUGAACCAGAACUCAUUGAACGCAUGUGAGGUGUCUGGAACUGACCAUGUUCCUUCAAGUGCCAUUGGUCCUGAUCUAGUGUUACCUUCUCCUGUGUUGGCUAGCUCCGCCAGUGUGGUAGAUCCUGACGAUACAACAGGACAUUCAAUAAGUUCGGAUACAAAAUUAUCAGUGGCGAACUAUAGUGAGACUAAUUCAGCGCAACACACAUUGUUUGCUUAG